AUGGGUGUUCCCAAGUUCUUCAGGUGGCUGUCGGAGCGCUAUCCGGCCAUCUCUCAGCUCAUCGCUGAGAAUCGGAUUCCCGAAUUCGAUAACCUGUACCUCGAUAUGAACGGCAUCAUUCACAACUGUACACACAAGGACAGCGAUGAUGCUACCUACCGCCUCAGCGAGAAGGAAAUGUUCAUUCGCAUUUUCAACUACAUUGAGCACUUGUUCGGCACCAUCAAACCCCAGAAGCUGUUCUUCAUGGCUAUUGACGGUGUCGCUCCUCGCGCAAAGAUGAAUCAGCAGCGUGCGCGACGUUUCCGAACCGCUCUCGACGCCGAGAAGGCCCGUGAAAAGGCCAUCCGCGAGGGUGUAGAGAUGCCCAAGGAAGAAGCUUUUGACAGCAAUUGCAUCACUCCCGGUACUGGCUUUAUGCAGAAGCUGACACAGCACCUGAAGUAUUUCAUUGCCAAGAAGGUGUCCGAGGACAAGGACUGGCAAGGCUGUGAGAUCGUUCUGUCUGGCCACGAGGUGCCUGGUGAAGGAGAACAUAAGAUUAUGGAGUACAUCCGUAACGCAAAGGCCCAGCCAGAUUAUGAUCCCAACGUUCGACACUGUUUAUACGGUCUCGACGCUGAUCUGAUCAUGCUGGGACUUCUCAGCCAUGACCCACACUUCUGUCUCCUGAGAGAAGAGGUCACGUUUGGCAGGGCUUCCAAGACCAAGUCCAAGGAGUUGGAGCACCAAAAUUUCUAUUUGAUGCAUCUCUGCAUUGUUCGCGAGUACCUGGAGUUGGAGUUCCAGGACCUGAAAAAGAACGAUGCCCUCAAGUUUGAGUUCGACAUGGAAAGAGUCAUUGACGAUUUUAUCUUGAUGGCUUUCUUCGUCGGAAACGAUUUUCUUCCCAACCUGCCUUACCUACACAUCAACGAAGGAGCUUUGGCGACCAUGUUCCGUAUUUACAAAGAGAUUCUCCCGCAAACUGACGGCUACCUCAACGAGGGCGGUGUUAUUAACCUGUCAAGGCUGGGCUUAUUAUUGGAGGAGUUAUCCAAGGAGGAAACUCGCCACUUCGAGCACGAGAACUCUGACGAGAAGUGGCUCAGGAGCAAGCGCGCUGUCGAAACCAAUGGUGAUGCAGCUGGCAAGGCCAAGGGCAAAGUGAUCAUGUCAUCCCAACAGAAAGACCUAUGGAAGCAGAUCAGGAAGUAUGUUCAGAAACGCCCCGAAGGUGGUUUGGAUCUGGGCACCAAACUCAUUGCAGCCGAUCGCAAAUUUGUUCAGGACGCUGCCGAGAGCCUUCACAUCGAAUGGCGCACUACUGAAGAUGACGAGGGAGAGAGACAUCUAGUAUUGUCUAUGCCGUCCAAUCCCGCCGGCGAGAACGAGGAGGAAGAGGAAGAGGAGGGCCAUAUGGCUCUUCUCCGUGUAAUGAAGCGAUACGACAAUGCCCAGGUCGUUGAUGAGUCAGCAGAAGAGGCUCAGGCUUCCAUGCAGAUUAAGUACAAGGAAAAGUUCCUUGAGUGGAAGGAGAAGUACUACAAAGAGAAGUUCGACGAAUGGACCCCUGAGACCAAGGAAUCAGAGUUGCGCAAGCUCUGCGAGAACUACGUCCAAGGUUUGCAAUGGGUCUUAUACUACUACUACCAAGGAGUUGCUUCGUGGCCGUGGUAUUAUGCCUCACACUAUUCACCCAUGAUUUCUGAUGUUACCAAGGGCUUUGGUGCCGAUCUCGACUUCAAAUUGGGUCAGCCAUUCCGGCCUUUUGAACAACUCAUGGGUGUUCUGCCCGAUCGAAGCAAAAAGAUUGUUCCUACUGUUUAUCACCCGCUCAUGACUGAAGCAAACUCACCUAUUAUCGAUUUCUACCCAAGAGACUUUGAGCUUGACAUGAAUGGCAAGAAGAUGGAGUGGGAGGCAGUUGUGAAGAUUCCAUUUAUCGACGAACAUCGACUAUUGUCCGCCAUGGCUCCGAAGAAUGAGCUUCUUUCGGAUGACGAAAAGGCUCGAAAUGGCUUUGGGGUCAGUCUCAAGUUCACGUAUGAUCGUUCUGUUGAUUACACCUAUCCAUCAUCAUUGGUCGGCGAGUUUCCCGACAUUCAGCACUGCAAGGUUGUCGAGAACAUUUACGAUCUACCUGUCGCGGAAGGCCUCGAGCUAUACCGUGGUUUGAUGCCCGGUGCCAAACUGAAUGUUGCAGCUCUGGCCGGUUUCCCCAGUCUGGCGACAUUGGCCUACAAUGCAACCCUGGGAUUCCAUGGCGUCAAGGUUUUCCAGCAGGAAAGCCGCAACGAGAGCAUGGUUGUGACCCUGUCUGAUGUCGACAUUCGCAGCCGCGCUUCAUCUGCCCAGGUCAAGCUUGGUCAGAAAUGUUUCGUUGGCUACCCAUUUUUACAGGAGGCUAAGAUUGUUAGAGUCUCGGAUGAGCUUUUCGAUUAUACCCUUGCUGAGGAUGGCUCUGGUCAGGUAGUCACGCGCGAGCACCAUGGUAAGGAGAUUAACGAUUGGAGUGCCAAGGCUUCUCGCAUUGAGAACUUUUACAACAAUCGCCUGGCCAUCAUCAUUGGGGACGUCGAAGCCAUGGUUCAUGUUGAGAUGCUGAAAGGCCUCACCAAGACCGAUCAAGGUGCACUGGUCAAAGAAUACGGACUUAUUCCGGGCACUGAGACAGAUUAUCCCGCUCAAGCAAUCGUGGAUGAGGUCGUUAGUGAAGAUCAACGGUUUAUUGAGCAAGAGGCUUUGCCUAUUGAGGAAGAGUUGCCUGUCGGGAGUCGCGCUUUUCUGCUGAUGGGCUUUCACAAGGACAAUCACAAGAACCAACCGGCACUAUCCCGGGAACGGCCGGUGUAUGGCCGCCCUGUGGAAGUCGUUGGCCAUAAGGAUAACCGAGCCGUGGUCAACACUUCCCUCUACUUUGUUAAGCAAAAGUUUGAGGAAGGUGAGGACCCUAUCGCAAUACGGAAUAAGCUGGACUUGUUUAUUCGGACGGAACCACAUUUCGCCAAGGCGGUUAUCCAAAAAGCUGAUAAGCAGAACAACUAUUGGCCGUCGUUUGCACUCGCAAAGGAGCUAGACCUUCAUCCAUUGGUGCUAAGCAAGAUUACGGCUUCCUUCUUUGUGCGCACUGUCGGAGGCAUGAGGGUCAACCUUGGCCUCGACCUGAAGUUCGAGGCGAAGAAGUUGAAGGUAUUGGGCUAUUCACGAAAGUCUCAAUCCGGUUGGGAGUUUAGCACCGCUGCUGUUCAGCUUAUUGCUAAUUACAUGGCGCACUUUCCUGACUUUUUCGCUGCCAUCAAGCGCAAUCCUCAAGGCAGUGAACUAUCCGAGACCGACCUCUUUCCCGAUCCUGAAUACGCUACCAAGCGAGUCAAGGAAAUCGGGGCUUGGAUCAAAGAACAAGACAAGAGCAAGUUCGAACGUGUUCCACUAGAUGCCGAACAGCUUGAUUCUGAGGUGGUCAAGCAAAUUGAGCAGGCGCUUGACGCGGUGCUUAGCGACGCACCUGCCCCCUCCCUGCGAAGGUUUGAUGAUAUACCGCGAAACGCUAUAUUGCGUCCGCAAGAUGCCGAACAGCGUCUGGGCAAGCAGAAGUUCAGUCUUGGUGACAGAGUUAUGUCCGCCCAGAACUCAGGAAAGGUGCCUAUUGGCCUUAAGGGAACCGUCAUUGGUAUCAGCAACAUAGGUAAUAAGCCUGUGCUUGACGUCGUUUGGGAUGGCACUUUCAUGAGUGGCACGACUCUUGGCGAGCGGUGUAGCCCCUUCCGUGGCGGCACCGUUCCUGCCAACUCGGUACUCAACACAACGUUUCAACAGCUCGUUGUACUCAACGCACAGCAGCAGGCAAAGCUCGAUGCUCAGCAACCGAAAGCAAGCGCACACGGUACCUAUGGCAGCUCUCACGGGAAGGCGUAUCGCGAGGCACCGGCACCUGGCCCGUUACAUGGUAGCUACAGAGGCGCACUGAACGGCGCGGCUUCUUCGCAAAGAGGUAGAGGCAGGGGCAGAGGUGGUUUCCCUAACGGCGGUGCUCCUCCCCAGCUUCAGUCAGCAAAUCUUGUAUAUCGAACAAGGGGUGGUGGCAAUUUGUACAAUCCUCAAGCUCAUCAGGAAAGUGCCAUACCACAAGGCAAUUACAACGCAGUACCACCUCCCGCCAACUUGAAUGACCGCGGCAGGGGCCGUGGUAGAGGCCGUGGCAGAGGUGGAAGGGGCGGGCGAGGUCGAGGUGGGCCAGUGCAGCAACCGGCCGCAUAG